CAUGCCAUAGGUACCGCCACCGCAGCGCGCGACUAAGGUCAAAACGAUUUUUUGUUCGUCCAGAAAUCGUGUAUAAAUACCCAUGCGGUGCCCAACCGAUCAACACAGCAUUGUCGAUCGACAGUCCUAGUACUUCAGACUACGGUCUUUCGAUUACGAUUUAGUGCGUUUAUCUGAGUCUUAGUGGUCUCGUGUUUCACGUUUCUAGAAGACAACGAAGUCGUUCAACACACCAAGAAAAAUGAAUUCCGGUCUAUUCUUAUUCGCAGCAGCGGUCGUGGCGGUCGUCAGUGGAAGCGCCGUGUACCCAGUUCCAGUGCACCACGCACCGGCCACCACCCAAUACCACUCCCAAGACGAAUUAGGCCAGUACGCGUACGGUUACUCCGGUGGCCCGUCGUCCAAGCACGAACAGCGCACCGCGGACGGCGUGACCAGCGGCGGUUACUCGUACGUUGACGCCAACGGCCUGGUCCAGUCUCUGGCCUACGUGUCCGACCCGGUCAACGGUUUCCGCGUGAGCGGCACCAAUCUGCCCGCAGACUCCAACACCGCCCACCACGCCGCUUUGCCGGUCGUCCACCAAGCCGCAGUGCCAUCACCAUACUACUUGGCCGCCGCCGCUCCAGCACCACUCUUGGCCGCCGCCCCGGCACCACUCCCAGUCGCCACUUCCUACUCCAGCGUCGUGCACCACGCAGCCGCCGAGCCGAUCGUCGUCAAGAGCCCGUCGUACUACGUGCCCGCCGCUCACCCACUGAUCAAGCUCGCCAAGCCCCUCACCCCAGCCAGCACUUCCAACGUCCACUACCCAGAGCACGCCGUCCUCCUGGCCGCCCGUAAGAAGCGUAGCGCUGGACUCUACCCUGCCUUGGCUUCCGGUUACUCCGCUGCCCCAGCUCACAUCGUCACCGUCAAGCACACCGAAUUCGCCGCCCCACCAGCGCCAAUCGUCCACCACUUGGCCGCCCCAUCCCCGUACUACCUGGCCGCCGCCCCAGCACUCGCUCCAGUCGCCACCUCUUACACCAGCGUAACCCGACACCACGAACCAGCAGUUGCUCCAGUGGUCGCUUACGCCGCCCCAGCCCCACACGCCGUGUACGCCGCACCUGCCCCACACGCAGUCUACGCCGCACCAGCACUUGCCCCAACCGUCUACGCCGCACCGGCACUCGCCCCGACCGUAGCAGUAGCCCCGGUCAAGAGCCAGUUCCACGCUCAAGACGAACACGGUCAAUACACUUACGGUUACACCGACGGUUCAUCCGCCAAGACUGAGACCCGUUACGCCGACGGCGAGACCAAAGGAACCUACUCGUACGUGGACCCACACGGUGAAGUCCAGGCUGUCCAUUACUCCGCCGGCGCUGAAGGUUUCAAAGCCGCAGGAACCAACAUUCCCGUCCACCACGUCUAAUGAUCUGCAAAUGCUGCCUGCCCCCUCACUGAUUGAGUAACAUAUUGUAUACUCUAUUGCAUAGUCUUCCCUUCUUUUUCUAUACAUUUAAAUAUAUAAAUAAUAAACAUUCUUUAUCGA